AUGAACGGAAGAGCGAGACGCAUAUUGUCUUUGGUUCCAGCACGAAAUGCUGGUUCUGAUGUUAGUGAUGGAUCCAGUAGUGAUGAUGAAGUCAGAGAUGUCGAGAGUUCACCAGCGCCGUCUCUGGAUUCAUCAUUUGAAAAGCUCGACAUUCUCGGCAGCCCCACUUCAUCGCCCAAUCAUCCGAAGCAAGAGGUGGAAUCACGUGCAGAAGAUCUUUCUGAUGUGGAUUCAGAGACUUUUCAAGUUUCCCUAACGCCAAUCCUGAACGCCGUGUUCCCUAGCCCUACGCAAUGCAAUUACGACGCAAUACCUUUAAUUUCUUCUGUAUCAUCUAUAACGUCUGUUGAACCAUCUACUCCCAUAGCGGAUGUCACACCUUUAGUGACACGUGGGCAAAGGAAACGUACUGGGCCUUCUGUUUCUGUUAAUAAAGUGAAAAAGGCGGUGUAUCAAAAAACUAAGCUUACGUUUCCGUUGGAAGAAAGUGUCAUUUCAACACAGAGCUGGCUGAUGGGUAUAUUGUUGGACAUUUGCAUAAACAAUGCAUGGCUGUUACGUCGUAGACACGACAACCAAAUAAAUAAAAAGAGGAAGCAAGAUCGCCUAAAAGACUUUCGUUACGAAAUUUAUGCCGGACUUCUGAAACGUAAUAGAAUUGUGCCCGUAAAAGACGUUUUGUCUGUACCCGAAAAAAGUAAGAUUAAGAAACCGAUGGCCGAGAGGCCUCUUGACGAUGUGCGGGAAAUGAAAAAAGGUAAAGCAAAGCUAUCUAAUUCGCGGCCGCGCUCGUCCGCAGUAAGAAUCGAAGACAACACGCGUCCCGGGAGUGCCGUACCGCGGUGA